AGCCCUCGUUUCUCACUGCCUCACUUCCAGUCCACGACCCUAUCUCAUUUCAGUUUCUCUCUCUUCCUUUCGCUCUCUCUUUCUUCACUGGCCUCUCAGUUUUCUCUUCGUCAUCGACAAUUCGAGAUCGCCAAGGAGACCGCCAAGGACUGGGUUAAGCUCACCGUCCAAAACCGUCAGGCCAAGGUCUCGGUGGUCCCCUCUACCGCCUCUUUGGGAUCUGCGUUUUGCUUGGAGCCGGAUCGCGACCGCAAAAUGUCAACUGCUUCAGAUUCGUUUUCUCUACCUUCUUCCUUCACACAUCUCUCAGCCGGAGCUUCCUCCUUUCCCUCCAGAUCCAGUUAUGAUUAGAUCUUUUGUAAAGAUCCAAUAUUGGGGCUGCUAAGUUUGUGAAGGAGAUGGGGCUCAAUUAUCGAGCUGCACUUAGCAAUAUCACCAAUUUCAAAAGAGAGGCUUUUGGAAAGCAUGCUUCUCAGUUCUCACUUUCUCAGUCAAUAUUAGAAGACUCUCUCUUUCAGAGAAGACGCAAGUUGAUUGAAGGUUGGAUGGCCAAACCAAUAUGGAAGCAGACAGAUCUUCUAGUUGCAGCAGCCAGGACUGGAAAGAUUGUCAAUAUUAAGAAGGGUCAAUUCUGUGCUCCUUCUGUCAUGGUAAAUUCUGCUGAGAAGAUUCAACUGGCAGGAAAUCCAAAUGUGAUGGUUUGUGAGAGGGGAACUAUGUUUGGUUAUAAUGAUUUAAUUGUUGAUCCGCGUAAUUUGGAGUGGAUCAGAGAAGCUAAUUGUCCUGUUUUACUAUUCUAUGUAUGGACAUUUCAAGAAGCUGGAUGAAGAGAUUAAAAGGGGAGCUGCAUCUUUGGAAGUAGAAGCCCAACUAUCUCAGGUUUGCAAUUGUCGAUCACUUCAUAUUAUGGAAUUGAUAUACGAUAAAUCAAGAAGCUGCAUAAACUAUUUAGAAUUUGUGCUACAAGUAUUUUUCACUUUUGACCUUGAUUAUGAUGACUUCCUUAUGUCAGUUACUUGUAGUGUUGCUAGAAAGUCACUGGACUUUACUAUGUUUUGGUAUGCUAAUGACUAAUUCUGCAGGGGUGGUCAUUUUCACAUGAUCCAUUGCACAAAUGAAGGUUAUAUUUACAAUUUUUUUUUUUGAAAUAUUGUUCGCUUUUAUUUAUCUGUUGUCAUUAACAAUGGAACACACUUCUUUCCAGACACUUUUACAUUAUGUUCCUGCAGGGAGGGUGGUAGUCCUUGAUCUGUUUGCUGAAGUGAAACUGUGAAACUGAUAUGUGAAUUGAACUUGUAGAGUUAGAGUUUGAUUGAUUGAUGUAAUGACUACUGCUACUUGUACAUUUUUAAUUGUCAUUUUGUAAAUGAAAUUACUUA